AUGGCGGCUGAUAUCUCGAACGCUUCGAUAACUCAGAUUGAAUCAAAUACAUUACUGCUUAACCCGUCUCAUCAUGCUGAAAGCUGGUUGAGUGCUUUUUCAGGGUGGUCUACCUGGCAAUAUGUCGUGACAUUUCUCCUUGCCAUGGUAGUCUACGACCAAGUGAUGUAUAUCAAGCGAAAAGGCUCCAUUGCCGGACCGGCUUUCAAGAUUCCACUCAUGGGUCCCUUCAUCCAAGCGCUUCAUCCCAAAUUCGAUGCAUAUCUUGAACAGUGGGCCAGUGGUCCUCUAAGCUGCGUAUCAGUCUUCCACAAAUUUGUUGUACUUGCCUCCGACCGAGACAUCGCCCACAAGGUCUUCAAAUCGCCUUCCUAUGCCGAGCCAUGUAUUGUACCGAUUGCGAAGGAUAUCCUCGGCCAUAAGGCCUGGGUCUUUCUCCAAGGGAAAGCGCACGCAGAGUACAGACGAGGAUUGACUCCUCUGUUUACAAACCGGGCCAUCUCCACCUACCUCCCAGUCCAAGAGAAAGUACUGUCCGACUACUUCGAAAAGUUCAUCGCAGCGAGCGAGGCAAACAAAGGACAGCCACUUCCCUUUAUGUCCAUGUUCCGUGAAAUCAACUGUGCUCUCUCCUUACGGACAUUUUUCGGUGACUACAUCUCUCAAGCAGCGGUUAAGAAGAUCGCAGACGACUUCUACCUGGCGACAGCUGCCCUGGAACUAGUCAAUGUUCCCCUAUCUCUAUACAUUCCCUUCACCAAGCCCUGGCUCGGCAAGCGAAUCGCCGAUGCAGUCCAUGUCGAAUUCGCAAAAUGCGCAGCAGCGUGCAAGAAAAACAUGGCAACAGGAGCAACCCCCACAUGCAUUGUAGACCACUGGGUGCUGCACAUGAUCAAAUCUCAAGAAUACCAAGAGAAAGUGGCCGCAGGCGAAACAGACGCCGAAAAGCCAACGAACAUGAUCCGCGAGUUUACCAACGAGGAAAUCGGUGAAACACUUUUCACCUUCCUCUUCGCCUCACAAGACGCCUCAAGUAGCGCAACAACAUGGCUCUUCCAAAUCCUCGCCCAACGCCCGGACGUCCUGACCCGACUUCGCGAAGAGAAUCUCGCAGCAAGAGGCGGCGACAAAACCAGACCAUUUGACCUGCCCAUGUUGGAGUCUCUGGUCUACACAAACGCAGUAAUCAAAGAACUCCUCCGCCACAGACCACCCGUCAUAUUUGUCCCCUAUCUGGCAACUAAAAAUUUCCCCGUAACACCUUCCUACACAGUCCCCAAGGGAUCAAUGAUCAUUCCUUCUUGCUACCCUGCUUUGCAUGACCCGAACGUCUACCCCAACCCCGACACGUUCGACCCGGAGCGUUGGAUAUCCGGGGAUGCCGAGUCCAAGACUAAGAAUUGGCUUGUGUUCGGCGCGGGGCCUCAUGAUUGUCUGGCGAGGAAGUAUGUGCCGCUUUCUAUGGCUGCCAUGAUUGGGAAAGCAGCACUAGAGCUUGAUUGGGAGCAUUAUGCUACCGACAAAUCGGAGGAAAUUCGGGUUUUUGCUACUUUGUUUCCCAUGGAUGAAUGCCCCUUGGUUUUUAAAAGGCGCUAG